AUGCUCACUGGCCAUUUGCCCUUCCAAGGUCACGAUCGGAAAGACACAAUGACCCAAAUCCUCAAAGCAAAACUGACGAUGCCUCAGUUUCUGUCACCGGAAGCUCAGUCGUUGCUUCGAGCUCUGUUCAAGCGAAAUGCAGUGAAUCGACUUGGCGCCGGUCCCGAGGGAAUUGAGGAAAUCAAGCGCCAUCCUUUCUUUGCUUCAAUAAAUUUCGAUCGAUUGCUGAAUAAGGAGCUAUCACCACCAUUCAAGCCAGCUGUAACAACCAUCGACAGCACGCUGUAUUUCGAUCCUGAAUUCACUAAACGAACACCAAAAGGUUUGUUGCCAUGUGUCUAA